GCCCAGGAUUGCAAAGGCAACGGACGUUUCGCUAUUUUCAUAGAUCGUGACGUCUACUGUGUAGCGUAUCUUCAUCAAAAGAAAUCCCAUAAAAACAGCAUGGCUGUUAAUGAUGUCUGGGAAAGAAUUCAAAACUUUUUUCUCUUCAAUGUUCUAUUGACGAAUUAAAAAGGAGGAGAAAUUCGUGAAACAUUCGUAAACAAGUGUAGGAGGAAGCGCAAACGGGUUCGCAAAUUGAGUACCGAACCCAUUUGCACAGCCGCUAAGUUUGCGAAUGAAUGUUUGAUGGCCCUUCACAUGCGCGCAAACAUUCGUACAAUGUACGAAUAUUUACGCGCAUGUGAGUGGCCGGCAUAAGACUAAGAACUCUAAUCACUCUGUGGACUUUGUGAGAAUUCUGUGUUCCAAAUCCAAAUAUUUAAAACCUUAAACUUCAAUCUCACUUGUUUUGAAUCGCAGCUGAGAAAUAUAUAUUGUCUCUACUCUUCCUGUUAGAAAAUAUAUAUCGUUCUCCCUUACCUCAACAAUUUUGAAUUAAUUUUGAGCAAUAAUUUCUGCAAAACCGAAAUAAUAAAGUUAAAAAUUUUAUGAACUUAAAGCUUAAACGUAAGUGUCUGUGAUAAUGAAAAAGUUUAAAUAUGACCUUUUUAGCAAAAUGUAUACUUUUAAAACGUUGGUGCUAAUUCUUGCCUACAUAGAGUAUGUGUCGAGUUUUGACUCAAGAAAUGUAGUUUUCACGAUUGUGAGUCAGCAGGAGCCUUAUCAUGCGAGUGUGGCCAAACGACUCAAAGAGAAUAUUGAGACACAAGUGUGGGAGUUGGAAGAGCGACAGCCAAAGGUUCAUGUAACACACGAAGACUUUCCCAUACCGGGCGCUUGGACUAUUAUACCACUUUUGAGACCUUUGGUAACUAAAUACAAUGGAAGCGACGUGAGAUGGGUGGUGUUUGUGGAGAGCCAUACUGCUGUCAGGUGCAAGAGACUGAUCGAUGCCCUUGCAGCUGCCGAUAGGCAUAAGGAUACAAUGUGGAUCGGUUAUCCGUUGCGCGAUGACGAACCGACCAUAAUCCACCAUUUCACGUUUUACGAGGAGCUGGAAGAAGAAGGGGGUUUCGUUUAUCCGAAUUUCGCAAGCGGUUUCGCCAUGCGAAUACAACUCAUGGAGCAACUCCUGGAUCAAAUAGAACGAGGUGAUCGUAAAUUGGAAGCGGACUUCUCCAUAGAUCCGGCCUUCGAACUAGCUCAGCUGAUUUACGGAGACAAAACUAACCCUGGGCCUCUGCUGACGGCCGACCCGAGCUUUUGUGUAGUCUCCGCGGAUAACUGCGCUACUUAUCCGCGCCAGUUCGACAUAUGUGGCAGUCCCAUACCCGAGUCGUCGAUAUACUUUGCCGUGAAGACCUGGAGCGGGUUCCACUCGACCAGGGCGAAGGUCGUCAAGAAGACUUGGGGAAAGCACGUUACGAACAUCAUGUUCUACAGCGACAAAGACGAUCCGUCUCUGCCGGCCGAGGCUGUGGGCGUACCGAACACGAAGACGGGUCACUGCCUCAAGACGGUCACCAUAUUGCAGAGGGUGGUCGAGAGGGUCCGCGACUUGCCGCACGUUAAGUGGAUAUUUUUGGCCGACGACGACACCAUCUUGGGCGUGCAGAGGCUGUGCGAAGUGCUGAGCUGCUACAGGGGCGGCGAUGACGUCACCAUUCUAGGUGAACGGUACGGGUACGGCUACGGGAAGCGAGAGACUGCCUCUAAAGGGUACGACUACGUGACGGGCGGCGGCGGCGCGGCGCUGAGCGUGGCGGGCGCGGCGGCGCUGGGCGCGUGCGCGUGCGCGGACCCCGCGGCGCCGGACGACAUGACGCUGGGCGCGUGCGCGCGCAUACUGCGCCUGCCCCUCACGCACUCGCCGCUGUUCCACCAGGCGCGGCCGCGGGAGUACGCGCGCGAAGCGGUGGCGCGCGACCGCCCGGCGACGUUCCACCGGCACGAGCCGCGCGACCCGCUGCGGGUCUACGUCACCUGGUUCCAGCACCACGACCUGCCCGCCAACAGGAACUGGAAGGACGAACUAUGAAAUCGAUCUACUGCUCACAACUAACGAGUCUUAGGUCUUUAGUUAAGUUCGUUAAUUCACGCCCAAUUUUGAGAUAUGGUUUCCAAGUAAACCAACAUUGGUUUGACCGAAACCUUACCUUGAGCGAUCAUUUUAAAGCUGCCGUCAGGAAACUUUUUUGAUUAUUACUCCAAAAUAUUUUUGUGUAAGUUGAUAUUACCCCAUGGCGAAGAAAAAAAAAAAACGAAAUCGCUUCUUUUUAGCAUCUUUCAUAUUAUUAUAGCACCCAUGAUAAUUUUGAAAAAAAUAUUAUUUUUUCGUUUCGUUUCAUUUCGUUUCAUCGAGUUUGAAACCACAACGAUUCUAAAGAAGUUUCACUUCAAUAUAUACUUUUUACUCACAAAAGUUUCAUUUUUACCCCCCAAAAUUUCAUUUUACCCCAUUUAAGGUAAUUUACCCCGGUUCCCAGACCGUUGUUUUAAAGCUUUACAAAAUAUGACUAAAAACAUUAUUGCGAAGAUUUAUACACACAUUACUUUUUAGUUAUAUCGAUUGGGUGCUUAAUAAGUCUCUGGUUAAGUUGGUUAAUUCAGACUAGAAUUUAAUAUUAUGAUUUCCAAAUAAACUAAAAUAUUAUUAUAAUGAUCUGUCUGGUCGAAACCUUAGCUUGAGCGAUCAUUAAUAAAAUAUGAUUAAGAACAUUAUCGCGAAAAUUAUAAACACAUUUCUUUUUACUUAUACCAAGCAUAAUAAGACCGCUCCAAAACAUGAAAACAGUAUUUAAAAGAACUUAUAGUAAAUUCAAUAAAAAAAUAUCAAUUAAAGCCGUUCAUUCUGAAUGAAAUAUAUAAAUUAGUUUAUUUCAACGGGAACGCAUUAAUACCCUCUCAAAUUAGACAAAAAGAAUUUCAUAUUUCAAUUUCAAUUUCAAAUUUUAUUAUAAUUUCAUAUAAACAGUACAGAACCUCCUCCGUAUAUUCCGACCGUCUCAACGCCGUCAGAUUUUUUCAUAUAAAAAUAAUUCAAAAGGCAACAACGUGACAGAACAUAAUUAUUAUGUAGAUGUAAUUCUCGAUUGUCUACAACUUUAAGCAUUUUAAAUAUUAACAGGAUCAAUUUUUUAUUAUACAACAUAGUUUUAUGUUAAGAUUAAAAACAUUUUCAAGUAUUUGUCACAAACUAAUGUUCAAAUAUAUGAACUCAAAUUUACCUUUAGUUUUUUUUUUAUUGUAAUGAACAUUUUGUCUGGACUCUUUUUUUUUUUUAGAAAGAAGAUAGAGGUGGAAAUACUACUUUUAAGCUUAAGUUGCUUAAGCGCUAAUGCAUCGAUAUACAAUUAAUGUUUACAAAUAAAGAAAUAUUUUUACAGAA